AUGGGAGGUCUAUUUAUCUGGGAUUUCGUGUUGACAUUGUACAACCAGUUCGCUUCUUUAAAACCUGCCAACGAAGUCGUACCAGAAGGUUGCGCGGGAGCUGGCGGGCUCUGGCCGCAGUAUGUACCACCUACUCCGACAGACAGUAGGAGCUCUUGUCCAGCAUUGAAUGCAAUGGCCAACCACGGAAUUCUCCCUCACUCCGGAAGGAACAUAUCAUUUCGUCAGCUAAACACGGCGAUUCACACUACGUACAACUUUUCGCCGACAUUCUGCUUCUUCGUCCCCAACUACGCCGCGGGCAUGCUCAACAAGAACUAUUGGACGGAUACGUUUGAUCUGGAGGAUAUUGACGUGCACAAUUGUAUCGAGCAUGAUGCAUCACUCACCCGCGAAGAUAGCUAUCUCGUCGCAGACCAAACAAAGCCUUCAAAACAGCUAGUUGAAGCGCUUCUUGCUAGUGCCACAGGCCCAGGCGGUGCUUUGACUGCCGCAGACCUAUCACGAUACUCGGGGAAGCGUCGUAUGGACGCCCGCAGAACGAACGGACAGUUUAGCAUGUCGACCUUCCACAAAUUUUUCGGAAGUUCCAACUCAUCCACUUUCGUCACUACUUUUGGUGGAAAAGUUCAGGAUCUCAAGGUGUGGCUUUUAGAAGAUCGCAUCCCCGAUGGAUGGCAAUCCCGCGUCCGGCACUCUGGAGGCUUUACAUUGACAGAGUUCCAAAGCACUGUCCUGACGAUCGAGUUUGGGAUCAAAGAGGAAGCGGAUGACGCUUUACAGAGCUUGGGAUUGGGUGGGUGGAGAAAGCGCGAAUGA